AUGGUUCCGAAAAGCACCGUGCUCUCGCAGCUCGCACCCCGCGCGCUGCUCAGUCAGCGACGGCAAUGCGACCCGUUUAUCGGUCUCUCCAAGCACCACCCCAUCGCGUCCCUUCACCCUCCGUGCACCUCCUCCGGCUCUCGCGCCGAUCGCCCUGUCCCGGUUCGAUCCUCACAUCACCGACUAUGCAAAUCAUUUGCACCACGCUCGAGCCGCGUUGCAGCGGAGAGCUUCGCGCCAAACGCAGGAUCUGUCAACACGUCCUCGGGCGACGCGAUCGGACCGCACCGCAAAGGCGCGAAGUCUACGCAGACGCUGCAUAUAGCCCAAUCGAGCACCGGCCUCGGGGCGUGGCCUGCUGUCGACGUUGUCGCGGCCGUGCUCGUGAAGCUCGACGCAUAG